AUGUUUGUAAUUGUGUCUGCUUUGAAACAUGUUUGUUUUUUGCAGGCUGCUAACUAUGAUUGCUUUGAUUUCAUUUGUGCAUCUGCUGUCGUUUAUCGUCUGCAGGCACUCGAGAUCGGGCCACCGCGGAGGACCGAAGGUCGGAUCUGCGAGGAGAAGCCAGACUUCAAACGAGGGCACAUCCUAGGCAAAGAAGUCAGCUCCUUCAAGGGCAUCCACUGGAGCAAGGUAAGCAACUUCGAAGCCAACGAGCGCGAGCCCACAGCAGCUCGCCGGGCCUUGCUCCUCCGAGAGAUGAAGGACGCUCCGCAGGUCCUGGAGUGGCUCCCGCAGAAGGCGCCGCUGAAUGCUUAUGCCCAAGUCCUUCCAGAUGACCUCAGUUGCCUUGAGCGCGACUACUCCCGGAGGAACGUGCUAGCCAGAGAGGCUGCGAAGGACGACGAGCAACAUCUGGAGGCUCUUCAGCGGGAGGCAGGCGCCGGAUAUGGGCGCAGAAACGUGCUGAGCAGAGAAGUCGCCAAAGAUGCGGACACGCUGAACAUGCCCCAGCCAUCUGGAACCGAGGCAGGCGGAAGCGCUCCGGUCUUCCACCGUCGAGGAAGUUUGAAGCAGGUUCCCGGAAUCGGAGGAAGCUAA